AUGAAGGGUAAAUGCAUAGUCAAAUAUUUUAAAAGUAUAAUUGAAAAAAAUACACACACUACAAUAUAUUUUCAAGUAAAAAGACAGUUUAUUAAUGUACCUAAAUUAAAAACAUUACAAUGUAUGGAAAUUGAAAAUGUGAGAAAGCAUGCAGAAUUGUGUCAAAAAAAAAAUAUAAAAACAAAAUAUAUUUGGGAUAAUAUAUUAUACACACUUGUAUUGAAAUUGUGUAAUAACGAAAUAAAAAAUUAUGUAGAUUUUAUGAUUAUAUUAAAAUUAUUAAGUAAAUAUAUUUCUUUAGAAGAAAAGGUAUUAAAUUUUAUAUGCGAAAAAUUAGAGCAUGAAAUGUAUAAACUAGCAAUAAGAGAAUUAAGCUUACUUUUAUUAAUAUUAAAAAAAAAUAAAUAUGAUAAUGCUUAUUUUAUUAAUUUAAUUACUAAAUCAAUUUUAAUGAGAAUGAAUAAAAAUAUGUCUUAUAAAGACUUAUCUUUAAUAAUUUAUAGUUUGUCAAAAAAUAUACAUAUAACUGAAAAAGUAUAUACAAAUGAUAUGUUUAAUUUAACUAUUUUAAAAAUUUAUAAUGAAUUUCAAAAUAUAAAUUUCCAUUCUUUGUCAUUAUUUUUUUAUUCUUAUAGUUUAUAUUUUUUGAACAAUACUAAUUAUUUAAAUUCGUUUUUUUAUAUUAUUAAAAAUUUUAUAAAAAUUAUCAAAAAAAACAUUUAUCACUUUAAUUCAACAGAUUUGAUGUUUACAUAUAUAUCAACAUUACACAUUUAUAAUUCAUUCAUUAAAACAAAUAUUUCUCCAAAUUGUGAUGAUAAUAAUAUUUCUUUUAUUACCCCCUCAAAAAAUAUACAACUUUCGAGCUUUAAUUUGUUAUGUACUAAUGUAAAGAAAUUACAAAAUAAAUCAAAUAGUGAGAAGGAAAACAUCAACUUACAAACUUGUUAUGAAGAAAAUUCAAUCAUAAACAUUAAUAAGAAUUCUAUAAUAAACUCAAAAUGUGAUUUAUCAAAUAAUCAAAUAACUUCAGCUAACUGUUUAGCUAAUAAAGAGCUGAAGGAAAAUAAAUUGAGACAAACAAAUUCGGAAUUAGAAUCAAACAAAAUAGAACUAACAAAUUACGAAAAAAAUGGUGAAAAAAAUAAACAAACUCUAGAAGAUUUAAUGAAAACUAUACAUACAGUAAUUGUAGAAAAAUUAAAAAGUUUCAAAAUCGAGGAAGUUAUAAAUAUUUUAUUUGCGUCCUUAAAUAGAAAUUUUACGAUUAAUAAAAAAUAUUUCAAUGUUUUUAAGAAACGAAGAAUAAAUAUAAAUGAUUACAUUAAUGUUUACAUAAAAUCUGAUUAUAAAGAAUUUGAAACAGUUCAAGAAAAAUUUGCAUCAAAUAAAGAAGACAAAAUAUCGAGUAUAGGAAUACAUAAUAACUCAGCAAAUGAAACAUAUGAUGAUAAUUAUAUAUUACGAAUUGUUAAUCCAAAUUUAGAUACUGAUAAUUUUACUAAUAUAAUAAUAGAUGAAAUAAUUUAUCGAAAUGAAUGCUUAAGUAUAAAGCAAAUAGUUUUAUUACUUUAUUUGUUAAGGAAAUCAAAUUUGAUGUUUAUAAGAUUUGAAAAAAUAAUAUUAAAACGAUUAGUUUGUUUAGAAAAACAAUUAAAUAAAAAUGAAGUUAUGUUUAUAUAUCAGCACCUCUUUUUAAGGACAUGCUUAUUUGAUGAGUUAAAAAAUUACCCUAUAAAAAUUUCUGAGCAAGCAGAAAAUAAUUUCUUAAUUUAUGUUGAUAAAAAUAACGAAAAGGAAGAUGAAUGGAAAUAUGAAAACAAAAAAAAUGACAAUGACAAUGACAAAGAAAAUGAAAAAUGUCUUAUUAAUAGUGAGCAAAAUACAGAACACAAGACUUAUAUGAUUGAUGAUCCGCUUUAUUUAGAAAAAAAAAAAAAACGAGACAAAAUAAAAAUAUUCGUACAUAAUAAUUACAUUUCUAAAUAUCCUGCUUAUGCUAUAUGUAAUGAUCAUUACGAAAAUUGCUUAAAUGAAAAAAAAAAUAAUAUGAAAUAUUUUAUAGAUUUUAUAAAAUUGAAAAAAGAAAUAGAAAAAAAUAUAAUUUCAAAGGAAAUCGGAUUAACACAUAACCAAAUGGAAAAAUUGAAAAAAAAUUCCAACAAUAAUGAAAUUCAGGGAGGUAGACAAACUGAUGAAUCUCAUAGUAUCAUAAAUAGUCAUUUCAGUACUAAUGUUGAAAAAACAUAUGAUAAUAUUUUAUCUCCAAACAAAGCAAAUAUUCUUAAUAAUAGAGAAGAAACAUAUAAAGGAAUUUUUUUUAAUUUAUAUUUAGAUAUCUAUAAAAUAGUUAGUAUAAAGUUAUUACACAAUUUAAAAAAUGAAAAACUAUCGAACUAUGAUAUUAUUGACAUAUUAUGCAUUUAUGAAAAAUUAAAUGUACGAGAUUAUAGAAUUAUAAAAUAUAUGUAUAAUUUAAAAAAGGAUAUUUUAUAUAUGCCUAAUAAUUAUAUAAUAAAAAUUAUGAACAUAAUUUUAAAGUUUAAUUUAUAUAGUAUAUUAAAAUAUUUAAAUAUUAAUCAAAUAAUCGAAUUUAUUAAUUUUAACUCGAUAAAUGAAUGUCUUGACUUUUUACUAUUAACUGGUAUGUUACAAUUACGUAAUGACAUUUGCCCAAAUUCAAAAAAUAAUGUAUUAUCCUUAAAUGCUAAAAAUAUGAUUUGUUACCUUUUAAAAAAUAUUAAUCAAGUAAAAAAUUUAAAUAAAAUUCAAAAAAUUAACCUAACAAAAGUUUAUAAUUUUUUGCCUUUAAAAUUUUAUAAAUUAUUUAAAAAUUAUGGAAAUAUUCCAAGUAUAAAUAAAAUAUUGAAUGAGGAAAAAGAAAAUAGCAAUUUUUUGUCAAAUAAUUUAUUACACACAUUAUGUGGAAAAAUUCCAGAAAAUAACUUAAAAAGCAUUGUCACUUUUAAUGUAGAUGAUAUAAACUUAAAAUGUGUGGGUAUUGAAACGUGUAAUUACUAUAUAGAAGGUAUGAAACAUAUUAAAACAUUAAAUUAUCUUAAAAAAUAUAGCAUUUCAAAAGAUUAUUUAAAUACGUUUAGAGAUAUUAAAGAUGAAAUAUAUCAAGAUCUUUUAUUAAUGUAUAAUACAAAUUUAGAAAUAUAUAAAAAUAUUAACAUUUCAAAUUUUAUGUUUCCAUUAGCUAUUAAUUUACUAACUAUAAAUAAUAAUGAGCAAAUAAAUAAGGACGGAAAUCUAAUCAAAUUAAAAAAAAAUGAUCAUCAUAAAUAUAUUAACGGUAUUAUUGAAUUAAAUAAAAAAAAUUUUCUUAUUAUUGACAUUUUAUAUAAUUAUAAUUUUUAUUAUUCACUAAAUAGUAAUAAAGAAAGUCAACUAAAAAAAAAUAAUGUAUACAUAUCUUACUAUAGUAGUCAUAUAAAUAAAAAUAAUAAAAGAAUACUCAAUUAUAAGAAAUAUAUUAUGUAUAAGUUGAUCAAAAAAAGAGGAUACAAUUAUAUUUCUAUUGAUGCUAAAACUUAUGUGAAAAAUAAAAAAAUAAAUUUCGAUAAUAGUUUAAAUAAAAAUUAUAUAAACAAUUUAAUAUUCGAUUUAAUGAAAAGACAAAAAAACAAAAAUGUUUAUUCUAUGCAGAGAAAUAAAAACUCUUUUAAAACUCAUAAAAUAUUAUCCUUUCAUUUAAAAAAUCAAAUAAAUAAAAAAAUUAAUUCGAUAAAAAGGGUUCGUCAAUUUUCACAUCCAUCAUUUUAUAUGCAAAAUAAAAGGAAAAAGAUGAGAAAAAGAAAAACAUAUAUGGAAGAAAAAACUAAUAUAAUGAAUAUUGUUGACGAAAUAGAACAAGCUAAGACAACAGGGAAGCUACCAUCAAAUCAUUUGUAUAAGCUAAGAAACAUGUUCCAGUAUGCGUAA